CAGCAGCAGCUAGGAGCAGAGAGCCGCGCACAGCUCUGGAGGGAGUGCUGCCUGUCUGUCUGCCCGCCUGCAGCCCCGGAGCCCUGGAUGCAGCCUGCACGACACGUCAGACCUCCAGCCUUCUCACUCAGCCCCCAGGAUCUCCCUGCCCGGUCUAUGAGCGCCCCAGCUGGGAUCUGGAGCCCAGCACAGCAGCAGCAGCAGUGCCUCUCAUCACCUCCAUGACUGCACCCCUCCAUGGACUGCUCAUCCGGCACCCUGUCACGUCUAUUACUAUUAUUACAUGUUGCUCUGGAGGACUUUUUUAUACUUUGGGAACUUUUGGCAACCUUUAGAAACAUUUGAAAACUUUUUAAGAACUUUUUAGAAACUUUGGAAAAACUUUGGAAACUUCUUAAAAACUUUUGGAAACUUUUUGGGAAGUUUUUUUUUGGCAUUUUGUUGUGUUUUUUUUUGCACAUUGUAGUUUAUAAUUAUUAAUAUUAUAAAUAUUUUGUACAUAAAUUACAUUGUAUCAUUUUUAGUCUCCUGUUUGUGGAUCCCAGGAAAGUCAAGAUGCACUAUUCUUCUUAUCUCCUGAGUGUCUUCCUCACCCUGGACCUGGCCCUCCUGGCCCUCAGCCUGUCUACCUGCAGCACCCUAGACAUGGAGCAAUUCAUGCGCAAGAGGAUCGAGGCCAUCAGAGGGCAGAUCCUCAGCAAACUCAAGCUCAACAGCCCCCCAGAGGAUUACCCCGAGCCCGAGGAGGUCUCCCAGGAUGUCAUCGCCAUCUACAACAGCACCAGGGACCUGCUGCAGGAGAAAGCCAACCAGAGGGCCGUCAUCUGCGAGAAGGAGAGGACUGACGAGGAGUAUUUUGCCAAGGAAGUUUACAAAAUUGAUUUUCUAACCCCUCCUUUCACCUCUGAAAAUGCCAUCCACCCAAAUUACUACAAUCCUUACUUCAGAAUCGUCCGGUUCGACGUCUCUGCAAUGGAGAAAAAUGUUUCCAAUUUAGUGAAGGCAGAAUUUAGAAUAUUUCGUUUACAGAACCCAAAAGCACGAGUAUCGGAGCAACGAAUAGAACUAUAUCAGAUUCUUAAAUCCAAAGACUUAACGUCACCGAUGCAGCGCUACAUAGACAGUAAAGUAGUGAGAACGAGAGCAGAGGGGGAGUGGUUGUCAUUCGAUGUGACAGAAGCUAUAAAAGAAUGGCUCCGUCACAGAGAUCGAAAUCUUGGAUUUAAAAUAAGUUUACAUUGUCCAUGUUGCACCUUUGUCCCCUCUAAUAACUAUAUCAUCCCCAACAAAAGUGAGGAGUUGGAGACCAGAUUUGCAGGUAUUGAUGACUCAUUCUCAUAUCCCAUUGUGAAGCCUGGUCAAAAAAAGCAAAACAACCAGACUCCCCAUCUACUGCUGAUGCUGCUACCGCCAUACAGACAAGAUUCCCAGCAAUCAAGUCGGCGGAGGAAACGGGCGUUAGAUGCUGCGUAUUGUUUCAGAAAUGUUCAAGACAACUGUUGUCUACGAUCUUUGUAUAUUGACUUCAAGAGGGACCUUGGAUGGAAAUGGAUACAUGAACCGAAAGGCUACAAUGCAAACUUUUGUGCUGGAGCUUGUCCCUAUUUAUGGAGUGCUGACACCCAGCACAGUCGGGUGCUCGGUCUGUAUAACACAAUCAACCCAGAAGCAUCAGCCUCACCGUGUUGUGUAUCUCAAGAUUUAGAAUCUUUGACCAUCUUGUACUAUGUCGGAAAGUCACCGAAAAUUGAACAGCUUUCAAAUAUGAUUGUAAAGUCAUGUAAAUGUGGCUAGAUUUGCCAUAGCAGCAUGUGUUGUUUUGAUGGGAUAAAACAGAGAAAAAAAAACUUUUUCAAAGAAAACAAAAAAAGCAAAAAUAGGCCUUGUUCGAUCAGUGUUAUAUUCUUAAAAAAAAAAAAGAAGGAAAAACGGUACUAGUGUGAACUUUUUUGGAAAGUUUAUUUUUAAUAACUGGCAGAAACUAUACGUCACUGAAGGUUUUAUCCAGAGUUGGUAAUAAAACUUGGAGUGGAACAUUACCCCCUCUCCUAUGCUGUGAUAUUCCUGUGUUGCAGUAAGAGAUUUGGGCCAAUUUUUUUUCAUUCUCGAUGCCUGCCAGGAUCAACCCAGGUCUCCUGAAAUUAAUUUUAUUGAUGCAUCAUUUUUCCUCUCUGGUACUCUGUUGAAUACAUCAUUUUGGUUCUCCUUCCAUGCCUGUGUCGUAACCAGCUUUUGAAUGGCCCACUUUUUUUUUUUUUAUGUUUUUGUAUUUGUAGUUGACACUAUAAAAUAAAAAAAGACAUAAAAAGUAGAUUUGUAGAAACAUAGGAGAUUUGCCUCACGUAGUUUCUGACCUACUAACAGAAUCGAAUGUCUCAAUUUUUUCUGAGCAUCUUUGAAGAACAUAAAAACAUUAAUAUAAGAAUAAACACUGGAAUAAUGUGUUAGUGAUAUUAUGUGAAAGAAGAAAACAAUGGAAAUAGCCCAUUUAGUAGAGCUGUAUCUCUCCCAGUAAUACUCAGAUUUCUUUGUUUCCUUUACAACAGGCUGUCUACACAUUUGGUUAAUUUCCCCACUUUUUGAUAUUUUUCCCUGAUUAGGAAUGCACGUGCCUAUGUUUUUGAGGUCAAUCACUGUUUCCAAGAUACAAGAUGAUUUCCUAUAAAAACUUGUAUCAGAAAUGGCAACUGAGAAACGAGUUGCCCAAAGCAAUAUUUUGGUCUGUUGUUUCCACACUUCAAAAUGAUAGACUCUGACAGAUUGCUGUAGGCAUUACCACUGUUUUCCUGUGCAUUAUUUAUUACACUUACCCCCGAUUCCAUAAAGGGGUUAACUCAUCUGACCCAUCUGAACAUUUAUGGCAUCUCAGCCCUGGGACCCGCUACUGUCUCAACAUUGGGGCCCGGCAACGAAUGAAGAGCAUGGCGUCCUCUCUUUUCACAGCUAUUGGACUUCUAAAAUAAAAAUAGCCAAGCAUACUUGCUUGGGUAUUUUCAGAUGUCCCAUAGCGGUGAAUGAAGUGGACACCACGCAUGUGUGACCACCCCUCCGUUGACCUCUGAUGGACUUCUGAAAAUAGCCAAAGCAAUGCUCGAGUAGCUCGAAGCAGUGCUCUUCUAUUUCUGGAACUCUCAUAGCAGUGACUAGAGAAAGUUGCACAUGUGAGGCUUGUACCCCAUUCAUGAUGGGGCCCCACUCUUGAGAUAGAAAUGGGUCUCAGGGGUUGGACCAUCAAACAUUUAUGUCUAUCCUAAUAAUAUACCAUAAACAUCCAGAUGGGAAUACUUUUAAAAUUUUUGUAAAUUCUUAGUAGGUCACAUCCAUUCUAUAUUUGAUUCUUCUGGAACAAUAGUGAUCUUCAGUAGUCCAUAUUUUUUCAUGGAACAAGUUGAAACUAGUCCUCUAAGAUGUUCUGAUGCCCGGACCAUUUUUCUCUACUCAUGUUGAAAGGCAUGUGGCUAC